AACCCUUUAAAUUGGAUCCCAAAAUGACUCACAAGAAGUUGAAGAUCUCCAAUGAUGGAUUGCAGAUGGAGAAGGAUGAAAGCUCUCUAAAGAAGAGCCAUACCCCAGAGAGGUUUAGUGGCACAGGGUGCUAUGGGGCAGCAGGAAAUAUAUUCAUUGACAGUGGCUGCCACUAUUGGGAGGUGGUCAUGGGUUCCUCAACAUGGUAUGCAAUUGGCAUUGCCUACAAAUCAGCUCCAAAGAAUGAAUGGAUUGGCAAGAAUGCCUCCUCAUGGGUCUUCUCUCGCUGCAAUAGUAACUUCGUGGUGAGACAUAACAACAAGGAAAUGCUGGUGGAUGUGCCCCCACAGUUGAAGCGUCUGGGUGUCCUCCUGGAUUAUGACAACAAUAUGCUGUCUUUCUAUGACCCAGCUAACUCUCUCCAUCUUCAUACUUUUGAUGUGACCUUCAUUCUUCCAGUUUGUCCAACAUUUACAAUCUGGAACAAAUCCCUAAUGAUCUUGUCUGGCUUGCCUGCCCCAGAUUUUAUUGAUUACCCUGAGCGGCAGGAAUGCAACUGCAGGCCUCAAGAAUCCCCUUAUGUUUCUGGGAUGAAAACCUGUCAUUAAGUUUCAGGAGAGCAUAUAAUUCAUCAGCUCUCUAGUUCAGCAAUUCUUCCCUCCUACACCUAAGUUAGCGUUCAAUAUAUGAGAUACAAAAUAAAGUUUGUUUGAAGCAUCCAAAAUAACUAGAUACUGCAGAUUUAAUUUUUGUGCAUUAAAGCUUAUAUUUGAAUUAAUAUAUUGAGUUUCUCAGAACAAAUUAUCUGAGUAGUCUGCGUUCAAGCCAUUGGAGAAAAAUUUAGAAAAUGCCUCUGUUGUCAUUGGAGAAUUAAAAGUUCCCAGUGAUUUAGGAAAAUAAAUUAUAUUGGAAGCAAUUAGGGUAAUUCUAGUUAAAUAAUGUGGAAAGAUGUCCUGAAUAAGGGGCUAGCCAGCCAGAAGAGGGGGGUGGUCAGCCUUUCUAGUACUGGCCAGUUUGGCCAUGUAGAAUUUUGAACGGUGUCAAAUUAUCACAUACUAUAUUUUACUUUUGAUGAAAACCUAUCAUCAAGGUUUUGUUAGGAAACCAUGAAUGUGUAUAUGUAAUAUAUAAAGUGAACAUAUAUAUAUAUAUACUUUAUAUAUAUUCACUUGCAUAUGUAUGUAUAUGUAUAUUCACUUUAUAUAUUAUAUAUACAAAAAAACUUUCUUUUUUUUCCAAACACCAACUCAAACUAGAACAUAAAACUUUUUAAUUUGCUCCUUCGAGUGAGAAAUAUACUGGAAGGGAAAAUAAGUUACACCAUCCAUUUUUGUCCCCUAAAGGAAACAUCAAAAUCAAUCAACAUUUCUUUCUUCCCUCUAUCCAUCAUUGCCCUCCUCCCUCUUGUCAUGCAUACAUACACAUGCAACCAUGAUAUAGAUAAUGGGAAGAACUCUAUUGGAUUAGGAGAGAUUUGCAGACAAGAUUGCACAAGAGAUGCUGUUGCUGGACAGAAAAUCGAUCCAGGUAGAAGUGAUGCUACCUACUUGAGGAUGGCCUUCCGAAUUGUUAAAAAUUCUGUCAUAGACUAUUUAAAAAACAGUUUUACUACUCCCAAGUACAUACAGUUAUGAGAAUUAGGCUUUUAAAAAGUUGCAGAGUGAAGGCUCUUUAGGAACCUACCUUACUUAAUCAGUAAAAAUGGCGUAUUAUUGAUGCACCAACUAUUCACAUAUAAAUGUACUUGCAUUUUCAGAUAAAACACUUCUGAAGUACUUAAGAAUGUCUGAAAACAGUUUGUUUUCUUAAAUGGGAUAAAUAAUCAUUCCUUUUGCAAUCUUGUUUACAGUAUUCAUUGGCUUAGCCAAUCACUCCAUGCAAAUGCAGACAUAAACUUCAUCCCAGUCCUGACCAGUAUAGUUGAAGGAAAUGGAGCCUUGUGGUCUAUGAUUUUUUAAAAAUUUCCAUUGAAGGGAUUGGGGACGUCAGAGAACCAGAGCUUUCUCCUUUCCAGGAGCUAAGAUGGCUUCAGAAGUGUUCUCCUCGUAUUUGUGAAAAUAUUACUGCUGUAAAAUUACAAAGUGGUAGCUGUAACAACUCCCCCAGAUUGGAGACUUGAAAUGUCAAAACUCCCCUCUUCCUUUCCCCUAGUUUGGUGGAUGCUUAUUUAUUAAUUCAUUCAAUAAACUAUUAGAUGCCAGGUACCAAACUACUGCCAUGGGAGUGCACAUAUUAAUAAAAUGCUCUACCUGCUGCCAAUGGCUUACUAUUCUGUGGAAGAAACAAAGUAUAUAAUCCUCCCCAAUAACAGUUAUGUAUUGUUUGUUCACUUAAUGUGGAAAGCAAGACUGAUGCAGACACACAAGGAAGGCUCAAAAAUAUAAAUCUAGCAGCAACGUCAUCUUUUUUGGUUUUAAAGACCAUAUGUACUUACUGCUAAUCAGGAAAUGAGCAGCCUCAGUAAAAUUCAUCAGUGCUGGUAAAUAGCUUGCUGUAGUGGAAAGCUCAUAACCUUUGGAUUCAAAUGAUCCUAGUUUUUCUACCAUUUAUUAGCGUUGUGACCUAGGACAAGUACCUCACUUCUCUGAGCCUCUGUUUCCUCCUCUGUAAAAUAAUGUCUACUUCACAAGGCUGUUUCUAAGGUUAAAAAAGAUAGCAUAUGUAAACUGUCUAGCUCAGCACUUGACAUUUCUUAAGUGUGCCAUAAAUAUUAAUCUCUUUCCCUACCCCCAGCUCCAAUACAGUGUAGCAGUGCUUUAAAAUGUGUGUCUUUCAUUUCUCAGUCACCUUUGUCUCUUCCCUAGGGCCUGUCCCCAAAUUCUUAAACAAAAAAAUGAUUUUUUUUUCCUCUUCAUAAAACUUUUCACUGGCUCCCUUAGCACCCAGUAGAAGGUCCCAACUCCUUAGAGUUUGGCUUUUCAUGUCCCUGUUUGCUUACACAGCUUCAUCUUUUGCCACUUUCCCCCUCACAUUGAUUAAGCUAGCCAAGUUUAACUAUUUACACAAGUUAUUCUCUGGGCCUGCAGCAGAAACAUGAUUAACAAUUUUAAUGCCCAGAGUAAACAAGAAAUUUUUCUUAAAUUAAAGGAAUAGUGUGAAAAUGCUGUAAGUACAGAAAAUGCAACCUCCAUCCCAGUAGAACAAUUUCCUUUGCCUUGUCCUUUGCUCUCCAAAGCUGUUCACUUAUUGUGGUGUUUUUUAUAUUUUAGUGCCCUGGGACAAAGCUCUAAUUUCCCCACCCUACUUUUGACUCUAUCCUGGACUACCUUUCCUCACUUCUAUCUCUCUCAACCAGAUUAACUCUUUAUUCCCUAGACUGGAUGAUAUGUCCCUCUUUGGAGAUCCCAUGACACCCCAAGCAUCCCCCUCUCUCAGCAAUAAUCACAUUGUAUAGCAGUGUUUUUCAAAGCAUGGUCCUCACACCACCUAUGUUAGAAUCACCUUUAGUGUGUGUCAGAACAAUUGAUUUUGGGUUCCCACUCCUGACCUAACCAGAAUAUCUGAGAAUAUAGGCAGGAAUUUACAUUUUUGACAAGCUCCUCAUGAUUUUGAUGCACAGAAAAUUUUAAUGUAUAAUCAUCUUCCCUACUAGACUGAACACCUUGAGGGGAAGGACUGUGUCUUUUGUUGUUGUUAUAUUUUUAAUACCUGGCACAGUGCCUGGAACAUUAGCUUGCCUAAUGUUUAUUGAAUGAAUGUACCAAUGAAAAACUGAAUUAUGAAAGUUUCCCUUUUGUACUCUCAUGUUCAUAGUGAUGUUUGUUACUUCCUGGGCAGAAAAGCUUGGUUACUACUCCAUUUGAGCUGUAUUAAUUCUAUUUUGCAGAAGUAUCAAGGCUCCUACAUAAUAAAUGAUCAUUGUCCUCCUCAAAAACUCUUUGGCAGUUAUCUUGGGGAAAUGUCUUUGGAGCAUAUGGCACCAUUCUUUUCAGUAACAUUUCAAUCUUGUCAAACUUUGUUCUUUGAAGGUGGAUAUACAUUUUGGUUAUAGCCAAAAAUCACUCAGAGCUAAGCCUACUUAGAAAAGUGGAGAAUUAAACUGGGUUUGGAGUAAGCAAUGAAGUUUAACUCUGAAGUCCCAAUUUCUGAGCCAAACAGUGAAAAAUGACUUCUAAGAUACAACGUGGUGGCAAAGUAUUCAGUGGGGGUGUGAUGGGCCCCAGAUAUUUACUUCAGUUAACUUGACUUUUAUAGAAUCCUGGCACUGCCAUGGACCUUAAGAGAAGUAAUUGGCUACCUCUAGCUAAACCCAGCUGGACAAAGAGAAUAGGACCUGUAGUUAACAUUUUCAAAGAAGGUGACUCCAUAAGCUUUUGUUGUUGUUGCUCUACUCAACCUGUUCUCCACAACCGUUUCUACCAGAAGAUUAUUUUAUGUCUGCAAUUUAUGCUUGUUUCCACUUUUUAUAUUGUCUUACUGAAGAAAGCACAAAAAUAAUCAAAAAUAAAGUAAAACCUGUUUUGAGAGUGUGAAAGAAAUUUUAAUGCCACAUUGAGGUUCUGGCUACUUGUAAGUAAGAGUAACUGCAUCUGGAUGUGUUUUUAUUAUACAAUUCAAUGUGUAUCUUUGGAUGCAGUGAAAUUCAGAUUGCAGCAAAAUCACUUAUCUGUUCCUUUUGGCUAAAACACACUAGGUGAAUUUUCUAAACUUCCAUGGUUUACAUAUUUAUAUAUGACUACCAAGAUGGAGCAAUCCACGGAUAGACUUUUGAAUAAACCCAAAUAUUUGAUACUGCUUCCUCCAAGGAAUGGAGAAUGUCAGGCAGGUAGGUAAGAACCACUCCUACAGUUAUUUCUAGCUCCUGAAGCCAGCUGCAGCCUUGGAACCAAUGGCUAUAUUUGGCUGUGUGUUACAGGUUGGCCAAACUGAUUGCCAUCAGGUCAGGCAAACUGCCUUUUAUGGUAUAGUCUGCCAGAUUCAGACAUAUGCUGUGUUGUUGUUAUUGGCUAGACUAUUUAUUAGACUAUUGUUGGACUAUUUUUUAUCAAAUGCUUUACCACACGACUGUUUGUAUUGGGAGCUCUGGACCAACAGCGUCUCUGCUAGUGACAGAAAUAUGAGCAUCUGUGGAUUACACAGCCUCAUCCCUCUCUACAAUAUCCCAGUCCAUCCGAAAUGCUAUAUUAUGAAUUAAAUAAAUAUAUAUGUAUUCAUGAA